CACUCGCACUGCACGCACAACCCACACGCCGCGAUCAUGAGCAAGAAGACCAAGAGCAGCGGUCGCGCUUCCACCGGCGCUUUCGGUGGAGGCUUCGGAUUCGGAUCGGGCUCCGCAUUUGGAUCUUCCGCCUCGCUGCUCUCAUACGUCUCCGAGCCGCCGGACCUUUCUCCCAUAUCCGACGCGAAUACGGUCGUUGCUUUCAAGAAUCUUACCAAGAAAGAUAGUACUACCAAGGCCAAAGCAUUGGAGGACCUCCAGUCGUAUGUCGCCUCCGCUGGCGCGCAAUUGGAGGAGGGUGUAAUAGAUGCAUGGGUUCAACUUUAUCCGCGCAGUUCAAUAGACAGUGAGCGGAGAGUGCGCCAGUUGGCGCAUACCGUACACGGCAAGAUCGCGGCAGCAAGCGGCAAGAGAAUCGCAAGGCACAUGCCCAACAUCGUUGGAGCCUGGCUGGCAGGGUUAUAUGACAAUGAUAAAGCCGUGGCGAAGUCUGCUCAGGACGCUUUCAACACGGUCUUUCCGACGCCGGAAAAGCUUCGCACCGUACGAAAAGCAUUCCAGCAACAGACCCUCGAAUACUGCCGGACAGUGAUCGACAAAGAAGCUGUAGAUACAUUGAGCGAUGAGAGGAAUACUAGUCCGGAUGAUGCUCUUGCGAAAUACAACCGGGUCAUAGCCUCGAGCAUCUCGGUCAUUGCGACCUUGCUCAUGGAGCUGCAGCUGGAGGAUAUAGCAAAAGAACAGGCUAGCUACGAGGAGGUCAUUCAGGAUAGCAGGCUCUGGGAGUUUGCUUCAUACGAUGACCCUGCUGUCAGAAGAGCUGUCCACAGAUUACUACGGAUAUGUAUCUCAAAACAGCCUGAUGUCCUAUCAGCGAACCUCUCCACUAUUGCUAAGUCCUACUUGGCCAAAUCUUUGAGCUCAAAGCAGCCUGGUUCUGCCUGGCACUUCUCCGAAGCAACCGUUGCUCUAAGCGAGGCUUAUCCCGCCGUGUGGACCGAACAAUACAAGAAGAAGACAGUAAUUCAGCGCCUGCCGCAAUGGUUGAAACGCGGUUCUGAGGGUGGUCCCACGGAAUUUUGGGAUAACGUUACGAGGGUGGUUUCCUCGCUACCAAGAGACGUACUACCCGUCCAGCUUCCAGAGGCUGUAGAAGUCCUGAAUGCAAUGCACAGUGGCAUAACCAGCAAAGACGAGCCGCGCCCUAACCUUAGCGCUGCGUUUAAGUCGUAUUUCAAGGUAGCUUCUACCUUGUCUGCGCAGCUUCCUGAAGACGAACAGAGCAAGCUUUUGACUGAGAUGGUGUUGCCGAUAGUGGCACACUAUGUCAAACCAUCAGCUGAAACAUCUACUUGGGCUAUUCCAGCUCCACGGGCGCCCGAGCUUAUCAAGCAAGCUCUGGAAAUUCCAGGAAUGUCUCCUGUUCUGGACGAUAAGUGGCAGCAGCUCACAGAAACCUUGAUCGAAGACAUGAAGACAUCCCUUCCAGCCCAGUCGAAAGACUAUGAUAUGUCACAAAAGGGAGUUGGUGAUGAAGGCCAUAGGUGGGCUAUAGUUGGAGCAGCGUUCCUUGGAGGCAGUGAUGCCGAGCCCGUCAAAGAACGGCUAGCUCGCUCUUCCUCUCAAGUCCUGAGAGAGGCUUUGACUUUACUCAAGUCGAGGAACGGUAAGCCUUAUGGUGCUGCUGCGAUUAUUGAAUCUAUGAUUCAAUCAUUCAAGCAACUGUUACUUGAGGAUGCUGAAUGCUCUGAGCUUCUAAUCCCGUUCAUUAAGGAUGAUCUCCCUGCCCUUUUUAUCUCUCCUUCUUCUCUUUAUUUGGCGUCUACCUUGUAUGCCUUCACUGACCGACCGGAAUUCGCGGAAACCUGGAACGCUACUUUAAAGAAGUGUAUCGAGGCGCCAGAGCCGGAAGAAAAACUCUCCGCACUUACGCAACUUCUUUCUGCGAAGAACGCUGGUAAUGCCGCGCAGCUUGCUUCUUCCAAUACUGACUUGCAAUCGUUCGUCCUUGAACGAUUCCAACUUGCUAUUGAGGGAAGCACGGAUUGGACUUUCCUUGGCCAAGUGCUCAGGAACUCUACUCCUGUGCUCUCAGAUUCUACCACUGACACGAUACUGUCCGAGUUGACAAAGUCCCUUUCGAUCAGCGAAAAGGCGAUUCAUGCCAUUCAGGGUUUGUCGACUGUCGUUGAGCGCAAGCCAGAGCUGCUUAAGGAAUACGCGUCGAAACCCGAAGGCUCUGAACUUCUUGGUAGAGUUUUUUACUUGACUGAGUCGCCGGAUGACCACAUUGCGGGUGAAGCGUCGAGCUUGGAGUCGCGGAUUAAAGCAGCGCUAUCUACGGAAGGCAGCGGCAAUGCAGCAUUGAAGUCAUCGAUGUUUGAUGUCAUUCAGAAGGGCCUGCUUGAAGCCUCGCAUGAGUCUGUUUCGCCGGCUACCCUGGUUGAGCUGGCACAAAGUCUCCUUCAGAGCUCCGAUCUGGAUAGAACAGAGCUCGUGGAGAAAUUGCUCCCAUCCAAAGAAGCAUGGAAGACAGCUCUGGCUCCUUUCUUGAAACUAGCUCCGCACCCGUCCCUUGCCAUCACAAACGCACUUGGUGGUGCAGUUUAUUUAGUCGAUUCGCAAGAAACUAACCCACCGAAGAUGUCGCGUGACAAUGACGGCUGGUCUCCAGCGCUCCGGAUGGCUUGGUACACAAGCAGACUUCUGAAGACAACAGAGAUCUUCGAAUCGAUCCCUAUCGAAAACAGGGCGCAGAUUUAUCAACAUCUUUUGCUGGCAGUCCAACUCACCAACGACAACCUUUCCAGAGCCUCGUCAAACGACAUCUGGAACAUGUAUAACCCGCACACGGAAUCCGAGAUUGUGGACUUCAUAUCUGAGGCACAACUCGUGAUGAACGACUUCUUAUACGACAAGUCCCUGCAGUCUUCCUUCAACCAACUGCUUGAAGCUGCAACGGGUUCUUCGGCAGAAUCUUUCUACAAUGCACGAGCUUACACUUACGUGAUGUCGAGGUUGUUGUCCCUUGUUGGAUCGGAUAUGGAGAAGACGCCGGAUCUGGAUGCAAAGAUAAAGGAUCUGCGAAAGAGUCAAGAUGUUUUCUAUUCCACUGCGUUCAUUGUUGGUCAUUGCACGAUGGUUGAGAGCAGAUCUCCGAUGUCCCAACUGUGUAACGAGCUCAUUGCACAAUUGACUGGUAUCGACAUGGCCAAGAAGGCGAAGGAAGCUCUUGGGCAGCUUGUGCUUCUAAACGCACUGCUCCAGAACCAGCCAGACAUUGCCGAGACCGUUGCACAGCGCAGGCUCAUCUUCUUCGUUCAGCACAUCGCCAAAUCCUUCGAUCCCGAAGAGAAUGAUGGGGAUGUCCCUUUCGAAGUCAAGGCAGAGGCAUUUAGGGCAUUGACAACGCUACUGCCGUAUAUGAAGGACAUCUAUGGAGAGCACUGGUCAAGCCUUUUGAAUGCCUUGCCAGCUUUCUGGUCAAUAGCUGAGGAGGCAAACUCAAAGGGUGGCCGCGCCGGUUACGAUCUGGCACUGCCUUGCAUCCAUGCUUCACUUAAGAUGUUUGCUGCCUUGAGGAAGUUGAAGAACGAUGAAGAAGUUAAUGAUGACCUCGUUGACGCAUGGAAGGAGACCGAAGCCCAAGCAUCGACAGGGCUAGUAGGUCUUUUGAAGCAAUCAGAAGGUUUGGACGACUCCAACAACCAGCCCUUGCAGAUUGUCAACGAGCUCCUUUCACGCCAAAUUGCUGCCGUUCCUGUGGAGCAGCUCAAGAACACUGAAGAGCUAUUCCCCUUGCUCGUCACGGAGUCAAGCUCAGUGCAGCAGGCCGCAUUUGACAUUUUACACAAGCAAAUUCCAGAAGCUCAGCAGCAGCUAUCUGUUGAUGCAGCUCUUGAAAAGAAGAAUGUCCGACUGCCAGAAGAAUUGCUGUCACUGGUCCUUGAAGCCCCAUCAGCAGCGAAUUUGGGCCCUGACGCCUUCCGCCGGACGAUGCCACUGAACAUUCGUGGCUAUCUUUUCAGCUGGCUGCUGGUUUUUGACCACUUCAGCAACUCAUCCUACAAGGUCAAGGCAGACUACAUUGAGAACUUGAAUGAGGAAGGUUACGUGUCGGGUUUGUUGGGAUUUGUCUCCGACUUCCUCGGUCACACGCGCGGCAAGCCAGUCGACGUGUCCAAGUUUGAUGUCACGAUGUAUGAUGCCUCUGCCGCGGCUGACAAUCCCGAAAAAGACGCACAGUACCUGAGCGCGCACCUGUACUUCCUGACACUGAAGUAUCUCUCAUCGCUAUCACGCGCCUGGUGGAUCGAUACACCUCGCCACGUGCGCAGCGUUGUCGAGUCGUGGACGGAGCGGCACAUCAGCACGCACAUCAUAGCGGACGCUCUUGAAAGCGUGAGCGAGUGGGCGAACAGCCAGUCCGGUAGCGAGGACGAGCAGCUCACGGUCAAGGUCAACCCCCGCGCGAAGGAAGUCCAGGCCGGCUACGAGGUCGACGAGCAGUUCAUGCUGAUGGCGAUCCGGCUGCCGCCUACGUAUCCCCUGUUCCCGGUGCAAGUCGAGGGCAUGAACCGUGUCGCUGCGUCCGAGGCCAAGUGGCAGACAUGGUUGCGCAACACACAGGGUGUGGUUACGUUCUCGAACGGCAACCUCGUCGAUGGCCUGAUUGCAUGGCGGCGCAACGUUGUUGGUGCGCUGAAGGGCCAGACCGAGUGCGCCAUCUGUUACAGCAUUGUGAGUGCGGACAAGAGUCUGCCGAGCAAGCGCUGCAGCACGUGCAAGAACCUCUUCCACAGCAGCUGUUUGUUCAAGUGGUUCAAGACUAGCAAUGCUAGCAGCUGUCCGCUGUGCCGGAAUGCGUUCAACUAUGGCUGAGUUGGGAUGGGAUGGUUUGGUUGGUAGUGUGGAUUGGCAGCUUGUAAAUGCGUACAACCGAACUCUUAAUAAAAAUACUUCCGGUCUCGGGCCAACAAGUUAAUACAGUCUCAAAGCAUGUGUG